AUGAUACCACAACGAAAGGUAGAUUCUUCUUUAAAGUCUCCAGUAUCUAGAAUCAGUUCUGGUACUAGAUUAAACCAAUUGAAUCAUAAUCAUGGAUCGUACAGUCCACUUGCAUCAACGCCAAAUCCACAUAUUUCAUCAUUAAAUCCAGCUAGAAACCUUCCGGUUGAUUCAUCCAAUUAUAAAAGUAAGAUAAAGACCAAAGCAGAGCUUGAUAGGUUUGAAAAACUACCUAUAGUACAGUUAGUAUCAACGUUUGAACAGACAUUAAAUGCUAUUUCUAAUGAUAUUUCCUUGUUUAAAGAAACUGAAUUACCCAUUGAUGUCGAGAAAAUCAUUAAGAUAAACGACGACUUACAUAAUAAGAUAGAGGAGUUAGCAUCUCAUCGGGAUCUUGGAAAACAAGUACUGAAGUUAACUCUGGAGAAUCAGAGUUUGGAUUCAAAAGCAAAAUAUAUCCUUAAAGAGUUGAUAGCAUAUAGAAGUGAAUUAAAAAGUUUACCAAGAUUACCAAGUAAGAGAAGUAAAGAAGUAGCUCCAACCAUUCAAGUCGAGGAGAUAUUGAAAUAUGGAAUGAAAUUAGCCAAAUUCACAAAGGCUCCAGCUACUAUGUCCAAUGCUCCGUAUCAAAUACAUCCGAAUAAUUAUGUGUGGCCAGCGGAAGAUGCAUUAAGAAGAGGAAUGUUGGCAGCAAGUUCAUUACAACCAGAAGCUAUAAUACGAAAUGAACUAGGAUUAGACGAUGAAGAAGUGAAAGUGACAGCAACAAAUACAGAAAAAGUUCAAACUUCAGUGGAAGAAACUAGAAGAGGAUCAUUUGGAGAUUAUGGCAGUGGUCAAGAUAAGAAAAGGAAAACUGGUGGAGCUGUACAAAGUUCAGAUCUCAAUUUGGAUCUCUUUGAUUCAGAUGAAGAAUUCUCUGAUUAA